GGACAAGAUAGUAUGCUACCACACCAAGGUACCUCUGAACCCCAUUAGCAGACUAACUGGUUUAUUUAUAUCUGCUUCGCUACCUCUUUUCUUUCAUUCUUGUAAAACACUUACAAGUGCUUCUCCAUAAUUCUAUGGAGUUAACAUAGGCUAACCUUCCGAAAGAGACAACAAUCUUGACAAUUUACUUCUUUCAAAAUCCAGUUGUUACAGAUGAUAGACGAUUAAGGCAGUAAGCUGACGAGAGCCUAAAGGAAGUUCCUUGAACGGAGAUCGGAAACAGCUGUUGAAGGAUAGGAUGAAUGUGACACCGGAAGUACUUGAGCGCUUGAAGCAACUGGCUAAUUUGGUCUCCAAAAAAGGAAAUUCUCAAAAGAAUGUGAACGACAACAAGAAAGAACCGGAUCAAAAAGGUAAUGAAGAUGACAAAGAGAACGAUACAUCUGGAAGUGGAAAAAUAUCAGGUAAUGAUCAGUCACCACAAAGACAAAACAACGUCCAACAGCGAAAGAAAAAAAGGAACCCGGGAGAAAGAGUAACAAAGGAGCGUUCGAGCGCGCAGCGCAGCGGCGCCCUAUAGCUGAAGGAAAUUGGAAACCUAUGGAUCCGAGAAACUUAAAACUUUUUUCAAAAAGCCAAAUUCGGGCUCCAAAAGCCGACGAGUCUGUCGAUAGAAGAAAGGAGCACUUUUUCAUAUUUUACAUUUUACAUACAUUUUUCAGCGAGGAUAGAAGGUGUAAACAAACGCAUCAAACUUCAUUCAAGCAGUCUUCAGGGAUCGUGUUAUGGGGAAAAAGUAGCACUCUGAAAAAUUCUUGAACGGCAAGUAAUGAAUAAGAAAAUGAAUAACCAUGGAACAAUGGAGACAACAACACUUCACUUUCACGCCGAUGUCAAAAUGUUCAAAACUUCUAUGAAACCUUCAUAAAAACAAAAAGUCCCUUUUUAAAACGUGCUUUCCUCGACCAUAGAGCACAGAAUGAACCCGAAGUUUCUUCAAAAAACUUCGCUGCCUUGAUUGGUUAAAAACAGGCCAAGCGCUUCGCCCUGAAGAAAACAAGGUUGAAUUCCUCGAAGGACAAUUUCGUAACGAAAACCUUUCCCUUGUCCACAAAAAGGAAUCUCAACAUUCAUUUCAACUUUCCCUUCCAUUUGCGUCUUUAUUGGCGUAUUUUCAACCUUGAAAUGCAAAACUUUGAUCUUGAAAACCACCCCACAUGAAAGUGUGUGACCUUCGCUAAAGUGUCAAAUCCGUUUCAUCUCCUACCCCCUAAAAACCACCAAACGUAUGCUCACUAGAGAAGAUUCUGAUUGGUCAAUCAUUUCUAAAGCCUUUUGAAACAACAGGGGACAAAACUCUCUAAGGGAGGAGGGGGUAGGAAUUAAACUUAGUUCCUCCCUGGAUGAAUGUACGAACGUACGUACGGUGACGUCAUAACCAAAUUAUCUCGCAUCGAUAGGUUUCCAAUUUCUAUAGCAAUGGAGCAAGGCUCUUAGGAAAUUAAAUUCGCUCGUUUGGUGACCUUUUCUCUCACUUCAUAAAGCUUCAGAGCUGAACAACAGUGUGUGUUGGACGUUGUUCGUAGGUAGUUAACCAACUCGUUAGAAAGGCUUAAAAAGAGACCAGUGGUAAGGUAAUUCAUCAGGUCUCUCUAUUUUUGUUUUAGUUACGAAUGGCAGAGUAUCACCAGACUUGAAUGGGACAAAUGAAGAUGCACCGACGCCUGAUAACAAGCAAGUCAAAGGCGAUGGUGUAUUCAGUGAGAUGGAUACGGAUGUAUUUCGUCAGGUUCGAUCGAUCUCAACAUUGUUUCAUUUCUGCGCACCUUUAAAAGCCUUUUCACUCACUUGGCCAGCAGUUAUGCAAAUUUAUUGGAACAAAAGAAAGUUUUUACGUAUUAAGAAAAAGGUUCAAUUCCCAGGACUGGUUCGGGACAGCAUCAUGGCCGCCAUUACACUGUUUUGGGACACAAAUAUGGUGGAGAUAACAUCAUGUGAAAACGCCCUGUAUGAAUGUCCUAAUAGCUUUGGAACAUUUUCCAUUUCUCAUAGAGUAGAGAGAAAGGUGGAUUUUGUAUUUAACUCGUUAAGUUUCUUCAAAACCAAUUCACUGGACGCUGACUUUUUUUUGCCAAAAAAGAGGGAAAAAGCACAUCCUUGACACCUUCAUUUCUUUUUCCUCUCACACAGGUACUUAAAGACGUGAUUACAAAAAGGACGCUUGCCAUAGAAAAAAGGGUACUGGCUGAUGUGGAAGCGCUGAAAACGCAGGUCUGUGAAUUGGAAGCUCAGAAAAUACAACUUCAGUGUGACUCGGAGAGACUAAAGCAAACUUUAAAAGAGAUAACUACAAAACAAGAAAAGGUAAGGCGGCUUAAACUCAUAUCUGUAAGCUUACUUUAGGCCCUUUAAAUCAGUUUCCUGUAUUUGAUCAGCUACAAUUCUUUCAGCACAGAGAAAAGGACGCUUGCCUUAUGGCAUCGAAAAUAUCCCAAUUCACAAUCUGACAAUGUUGAAUUAUUUGAUAGAAACUAAAACAAGUUUAUAAGGUAAGACAACAACAGCAACAGUCAAACCUCCAUUUAGCAGCCGUUUACCAAGUCCUGUCGGACAAAAAUGUCAGUAUAUAACUAGAAACAGAACUUUUAUUAUAAAGGGGCCACUCCUUUCUUCCCCGAGAGUGGUCUAGCUUACAAUAUGAAUUGCUCUUACGGUCUGUACGUACUGCUUAUCAAUCCACCACUUUCACCGAGACCAUAAUGUACCUUGCUUAUCCCCCAAAUUUUGCAUAACCAUUUCCAAUCUCUUCUGCUUGAUAUAACAGUCGUCCCUUAACGUUGAUGGAGGUAAGUAUGUUUUUAAAGUAUGAAUUAUUUUGAAUAAGCAAUAAAUCAAUUAUUGGAUUCGGCUUUCGUAUGGGCUAAAACGUAUGCAGAUUUCGGAAGGUAUUAUCCUGCUUGGCCUAUAACACCCUCCUCGAUCUCCAUAAUUCUUCGGACCAUACACAGCCUCAUCCAAUAAUUAUGAAAUAUUGACUUGAUUAUCGUGACGUUUAAUGAUUAACGAUUUUAUUGAUUUUAACAUGGAUCACAUUUGUGUACUUUUUUUCUUGACAGCAAAAAGUUCAGAUGGUGUCUUGUGGAACUCAAGUCGACAUGGAAUUGGUACAUGUAUUCUCAUGUUCUUUCUACUGGGGAUAUAUGAGUCAUUUCUUUUGGAUCUGCUAGUACCCUUUUAGAUGAUAAUUAUUAUUGACUUUCUGAACAGGGCAAUGUCUUAUAUGUUUCCUAUAGGCGAAUCCUUGUUUACAUUUUUUGCACCAUUAACACAAGCUUAUCAUUAUAUGAUGAAGUUAACAAAAUGUAAUUUCUGACCAUUGAAAGAGCAUAACAAUUUCAGUUAUCUCUGAGCCCUGUAUACCAAAUAGUUUCGGAGAGAUUCUUUUGGAAAAAACCCCAAAUUUACAAAGAAUGUAUGCGCUCAUUAACGUUUUCCCACCCAGUAAUUUUGCCGUUUUUAAUUGCUGCUAUUUUCUUUGCUACUGAUCGCAAAGAGCUGAAACUUGCACAAACUGCAUUACUUAACCAGCUCUUAAUUUUUGAACCUCAUUGACAGAUACGGCUACAUCUUCCAUGGGUUGACUCAAUGAGCAAAAUGUAAACAAUGACGUCACGAUGAAUCCGCCUACUAGAGCUGCAAACUUUGCAGCUCUAAUAGGCGCAGGGCCUGCGCCACCAAUUACUUUGCUAUGGAGCGGUUUUCACUUGACUGUCGAAAGGGAUUGGUUUUGGUUUUGGUUUUGGUUUUGGAUUUACUACGCCCUUUGGUUGGCUAGUAUAUUUACUUUGGUUUUGGUUUUACGACAGUCAAGUGAAAACCGCUCUAACCAAAUCACGUAUUCAAUUUUGUAACCCCGGUUAAAGGGGCCGUGUCACGGCUGUCAAGUUCAUUUUGUAAAUAAUGCUACUUAUUCGUCCUUAUUUGCUAUGGAACUGGAGAAAUUACUUGUCAAUGACAAAAUCAGAGCUUCGUGUCAAACAAAUAUGUCUUUCAAACAUUAAAAUCAGACAUUUACACACUACAAAAAUGAAACAUUAAAAAACUGUUAGGCUAACAAGUUUUCAAAAACCACAAUUGCAAUCCUUUUCAGUCUUCUCCAAGUUUGUCCAUCCUUGCCUCUUUUUGUAUUUGCUGUGUUAUUAAUGCCUUCUUUUAAUGCUUUGAGCAGUUAUUUAAUGAUCCACUCAGUUUGGUGACAGUUCCCACUGACCGAAUUUUGAUAAAUUUCAUGACACAGCUCCUUUAAUUUAUAGUCUUUUGUGUGCACUAUUCAAAACUAAACCUAAGAUUCUCUUCUCGAAUUUCACAGAUAAGAAACAUUUUCUUCCACGCAGCCACGAUUGACAUAUCGUUUGCUAAACUUAGUUAUUUGAACAUUUUACUUGAUUUCACGGUUAAGUCUAACUAACAACUGUAAUCCAUUGUCACAGACAGUAACUGAAAAAAUUCUCUAUCCAAAACGUGUGUCAAGUCAAUGUUAUUAUUCCAGAGGAAGGGAUGGCCGAAGAGUAGCUUAAUCGCGUCUAGUGAGACAUAAAGUUAUCGAAAAGCUACUCUUAAAUGUGAGCCAAAAUAAUGUUAUGAUUAUUUUGUUAUGAAGUCAGCCUUCAAAUAAUAUACACCUCAUUUAACUUUUGAGGGGGGGGGGGGGGGGGGGUUGGGUUAUUUCUAUUUUCGAACUGUCAAAUUCAUAUUAGGCUUCGAGGCUGAGGGAAUAAAACAAAAGAAAUGAAUUAUUCAUCUCGGAAUCUCACUCUCAAUUCUUUUUUUAUAUACCUCUCAGCUUCAUAUCCAUGUACGAAUUUUGAUAAUUCGAUUCGAAACUGGCCUAUUUCAAGCUUUGCUUCCAAGCUAGCUGCUAAAAUAUUAGAUUAAAAAUUAUCUUUCAUACUAUAAAUUUGCAAAUAGUGUCAUUUUUGGGGAAGGAAGGGUUACGAAUUUAGCCUUACAUUGUGAUGACGUAUUUUCUGAGUCUUUAUGCAUUUUGUUUCCCUUUAAGAUAGAGGAAAGGCCACUUUCACCUGAGAUUUCCAAACCAGUGAGGCCAAAAUUUGUUCCUGAAAGGUCCAUUCUUCUCAAUCAGAUGCGGAGUGCAAAAAAUAUACUGGAAAACCAAGGGGAGACAGUUGAUAACGAAAAAGUGGUUGCUGAAAGCAGCGAUAAGCAAAAGGUUUUUCUACAGACAUCAGAAAAGAACGCUAAGCAUUCAGGGACAACUGAAUCGAUGACUGUUUGCAGUAACUCUGGGAUGAGUACAGCACAGAAUGUUCCAGCUACUGCUCAAAAUGUUACAAAUGUAUUGCCCGACAAAGAUGUGUCCGUUGGGGUCUUAAUUCAACCGCCAUCUCAAGGACGAAAAAUAACCACAGAAAGUGUGGUUACUCGAGAUCCGCACGAUAAACUGCUUUUGCGAAAUAUUCAUAGUAGUGACAACACACAAACUCCGUUAAACUUUCGUCCGCUUUCUGUGGUGCGCGUUGAGGCACACCAUGUUGGGCAAGAACAACAAAAUAAUCAUCGGCAAUCACCACGACUUGACAUGCCCCAACAAAAACGUGGCCCGCCAGGUCUAAAUACUUCAGUGCCAUCAGGGUAUCCAUGCAUACAAAAUUAUCAAGGACAUUUUUCACAGAGGUCAAGCGAAUCGUUUCUUCCCAACCGACAGCAAUUUUCUUCAUGUCGAUGGCUAGGUUCAUCACCAAAUCAGGCCAAUCAAAAUGGCCAUGUUCAUCGUCAACCACAUCCUUCGGUGUAUAACAGGCCAACGGAUUUAACUAAUCACAGAUCUAAUGCUACUCCUCCUGGUGGUCCUCAUAACGUAACAUUUUUUGAUCAACCAAAAAGACGACGGGUUGAAAAUAUGUCUUCUUCGAAUGUUCAGCGCACGAAUAUUGUCAGUAGUAACGAAAAUUAUGUUAUGGAACACUUUAAGGUUCAGAGAACCCCUGUGAGUCCGGGAGCUGCACGCAGUCAAAAGUACAUGCAAACGUAUGGACCUGUAACAACAAAUCAAGCACCUUACAUCAGUAGGCCAUUAAAUCACCCGCCCGGCACACAUUUCAAUCAGGGGGUUCCAAAUAGUCGACCGCCUCCUAAUGCCUCUCUCCAUGCGAUGAAUAAGGCUGCAAAUCGCCCACCAGCGGGAUUUUCGCAAGGUCAGCUAGUUGAAAAGGUGCUUUACCCUACAGCUGGAUCACAACCCGUCGGCAACGCAUAUCAGGACUACCAAAGAGUUAUGUUACCUGGUCCACAUCCUCGCACUGAAAACGUACAAGCCUCUAAUAAGUCUUCUCAGUCGAAUAACACGGUGUACGUCGUACAGGAAUACCAGGUGCUUAGCCAAUACAAUGUAAGCUAAGCUUUAAACCUCCCCACAGUCGCUGUUAGGAACAAAAAAUGAAAUUUUACCUGUCAAUCGUGAGACAUUAUAGAAGUUUUGGUACGAGAUGUCCGUUGAUCACAUCAUGAAGGUUUCAUCCACAAAAUCAAAAGUUUGAGCCACACUACAAUAGUCAUCCUUUCACUCCUACAGUGAAUGAUCGAGUCUUGCAAGGUUGUUCUGGCUUUUGAGUCUGUGGAAAAAAUCCCAUGGUGUGACCAUUCAAACGAAACCCUUUUGACAGCACUUUCAUAUGGUUUUACAAAGCGACAUAGGGAGAUCGUUUUGAGAUUUAACUUUAGCCAAUAUUGGCAGUGCAGGGGUUAAGGGUAUUCUGUUAAUGAAUGGGUUAAUAAACUCAAACAUCUUAUUGUUGCUGCGAGCAAUGAGCAAAAUGUCCUCGUUUGUUGUCUAAAAAUUUCACCACUAGGAUAUACGAACGUUGGCUACCAUAUUCAAAUUAAUUAAAUUUAAUGAACAACAUUUACUUAUAUCUUUAAGACUAUCCUGUUAAUUUCAUGUCCCUCAUCCUUAGAUGUCACGAUCCAGGACUACACCACUUCAAUCAAUCGCCCCAGCGCCAGCUCCUGUUCCACGAAACCCAACGUACCCACCAGUACAGUCCCCUGGAAUAUCAUCCACUGCUUCACCUUCCGCUUGUCAUCUGGGAGGGCCAAAUGCUGGACAAGUUUCUCCUGCUGUUUCUCACCCGUCAAAUGCUAAUGCGGUCAGAACCAGCAUCACACAGACGUUGUUAAAAACACCUCCAAAACCUACCGCGUCCAUCGUAGUAGUUCAGGAUGGUAUUGUCCUCUCGUGGAACAUGAAACUUGACGACUCAACAGCCAAAAUCGAUAAUUAUGAAUUAUUUGCUUGCCAGGAUGGCGCCGAAAGCACAAAUCCGCCGAUUAUGUGGAAGAAGAUUGGUAUUGUUAAAGCCCUGCCUCUUCCCAUGGCGUGCACGUUAACUCAGUUCUCUUCAGGAAAUAAGUAUCAUUUCGCCGUUCGCGCGGUGGAUGAUCAAGAACGAGCAGGACCCUUCAGUGAUCCUUGUACUAUUGCUUUGACGAAUUAGAGUGUGUCCUAACCAGCAUUUCAGAACGGUUUCAUAUGGGUUUUACGUUGCACCAUCACGUAUUUUGCAUCAGAAGUAGACAAAUUCUUGAACCGUGGAGAUUUAAGGAGCCAGGUUUGAUCCUUUGCUACAUAAUCGCCUUCUUUUUCAGCAAAGGAUCUUUCUUUGCACUCUAUCUCCACUUAGUCGAAAAAA